UCCAUCGCAUCAUAAUUCAUUUGGAAAUUUUCACGCAUUAAAGACCGUUCAUUAUUCACAAACUAUUUAUUACAAAUUACUGAAGCAAUUUACAUGAUGACUGGACGUGGACAUACUUCGACGGAUUCAAAUUCGGACAGUGGGAAUGGUGCAGAAAAACGCCAACGAAACCUAAAGACGAAAAGACUCCCGUUUCAAAGUCCAUAAAAUAUUUGUUUAAGAAGACUGCAGAUUUCAAUAACGAAGCAAGAACCCGUAUGUUGCAAGCUUCUAAUGAAAAACGAACAAAAGAACUCCAACGUAUUACGAUGGCGCUAGAUUUGACGAUGGAUUCGUUGAAACAGACUGAUCAUUUACUCGAUGCUACAAUCAAAAAUAUCGGACCGAUUUGUUCACAACCGGCAAGUUCGCAAUCCGCAGCUCCAAGCGAUUCGACAAAAUUAACACCACCAUCCCGAAAAUAUGCAAAAACAACUUCAUCUCCACUUACAAACACAAUUGGUGAUCUAAAUUUGGGUUUUGCUACAUUUGUCGCAACAUGCCGGUCUGAGGUUAACAAAUAUUUCGAGACAAAUGACAAUAAUAAAGUCGAGAGAUUGCGUCGACUGAAAAAGUGCCUCGAACUCGUUUUAGUUGAUCUAGCUGGUACUGAUAGAGCAAUCGGGUGAUCAGAAUUUUGAAGAUCUGCCAACUGCAAAGGUUUUAUUGCAUGUAUCUGAACAGGGACGGGAUGUCAUCGAAGUGAUGCGUAAGUGCGAUGGUGUAAAACAGACUUUUUGUAUGAGGCUGGAUUCCAUAAGACCUGCGAAGGAAGUUGUUUGAACCUUAAAGAUCGAUUGCCAUCUGACAAUUGAGAACGAAACUAACUCAGCAAACUUGAGCAUAUCGUGCAAAAUCAUAUAAAUUGAGAUUCAUAUUGAAUUGUUCAUAUCGUCAAUUCUUGACCCAAAUAUUGUACAUUAUUUUUAGAAGAAAAUGAAAACAAGCAACAGUAUACUUAAAAAUGACUAAUAAUAGCUUUGAAAAUAACUGGAACAAAACAAACCGAAUAAAUUUGUGAUGAAAAAUAUA